GGGUCAUUUUGUAAAGGAUCGCCCCUGCCAAUCGGACGCCAAUGCGCGAAUUCCAUCCGGGGGGAGAAUAAUACUCGGUUUUGACGUGGUUCUGCUAAAGCGAUGGAACUGGAAAACUAUGUGUGGUGCAGAUGGUUUUGUGCCAUGGGACAGUACAACCAAAGACUUCGGAUUAUGUUUUCAACAGUUGUGUCUACAAUUUCCAAUAUUUGUAUUAUUAGCAAUAGUGUCAUCAUACUUUUUUGGGCGUCCCUACAAUUGGUGCUUACGAGACAAAACUCAAAUGCGGACUAUAUUCAUUCGUUGUUUAGUGACUUUUUUGUUAGCUUGUGUGCCAGUGAUUAAAUUAUAUACAAUUGUUAAAAAUAACAAAGAUAACGUGUCGUUGAUUUGUAUUUUAAUAUCAUGUGCAGAAUGUAUAACAUGGGUAGUGCAUUUGGGUGCUUGUUUAGCUUUAAGACACAAGGGAAGUUCUACUGCAAGGGGUAUGCUAGCCCUCAUAAUUUUAUGGACUAUGACAUUUGUUUUAUCUGUGAUAUGGUUGAAGGCAAAUAUUUCAACACCGAAUUUGACAUGGGCUAUUGUAGUAGUGGUUCUACAUUCCUUUUAUGGAUUGACUUUGAUUCCAUCCGGUAAAUCGAGAUAUAUGAUGAGGUCUGAACAACAGGCUGAUAUGGAACGUCGCACGUUGUUGGGAGAUUAUAGCCGUUUUCAAGAAGAAAGUGAUCCAUUGGAGCUUGGCAGAGUCGCCGAAGGGAGCAAUUGGCUCUCAAGGCUCACAUUUUCUUGGGUGCGUGUACUUAUUUCCAAAGGCGUCAAAAGAAAAUUGCGUGACAUAGAUGAUUUGUUUGACUUGCCAAGCGACAUUUGUUGUGAAUUUAUAUCAGAUGAUAUUGAAGAAGUAUUAAGGAGAAGAAAUAAUCUAUUAAGGGCACUGCAUUCUCUAUACGGUUAUGAGUUUUACAGCAUUGGUAUUUUACGCUUGAUAGCAGAUUUGGCCGGUUUUGGAGGGCCACUAUUGCUUGGCGGUUUAUUAGGAACGGCUACUGACUCUGCCCCCGGCUCCGGAGAUGCAUAUUAUUAUGCAACUGGAUUGCUCUUCACAACAUUACUGGCUGCUUUCUGUAACGCGCACUUUAACUAUCGCAUGGCGAUUGUCGGCAUGCGUAUGCGCUGCGCUUUGGUUUGCUCCAUAUAUCGAAAGCUGCUGAUUGUGCGGGAUGGAGCUUUGGGCGACGGAGGACGAGCUUUAAAUUACAUGUCGACGGAUUCAGAGAGGAUUGUAAACUCUUGUGCUAGCUUUCAUGCUUUCUGGAGCAUACCUUUCCAACUGUUUGUCACUCUAUAUCUUUUAUACACCCAACUUGGUUUGGCAUUUCUGGGAGGCGUAGGCAUUGCAAUUGUACUGAUACCUGUAAAUCGGUACGUGAUGAAGUUGAUUGGAAAAUAUUCUGUUGGUAUGCUCAGAGGUAAAGAUGAGAGAAUAUCUGCUACGACUGAACUGUUGCGUGGCAUAAGAAGUGUUAAAUUUUUUGCAUGGGAGGAUAUAUUCUUAAAGGGCAUUUCAGGUUAUCGGAAUUCAGAACUAUCCUACUUGGGUAAAAGGAAGUAUCUGGAUGCAAUAUGUGUCUUUCUGUGGGCAUGUACUCCAGUAUUUAUUUCACUCAUCACAUUUGCUCUGUAUUUUUGGCUGAACGGCUCUUUGGAUGCACGAACUGUAUUUACGAGCGUGGCCCUUUUAGCAAUGUUGAUUGGACCAUUAAAUGCAUUUCCUUGGGUACUGAAUGGACUAGUCGAAGCUUGGGUAUCACUCAAACGUGUUCAGGAGCUUAUUCAGAUGCCGGAGAUAGAUUUAGACAAGUAUUAUUCACCAAUUGAUGAUGAUUCCAUAGCAGUAUCUAUUAAAAAUGCAUCGUUUUCAUUUUAUUAUGAUCACGACGGGAAGGAAAAUUCUGAAGAUGUGAUUUCGACUCCCGGAUCGCUGAAUAUUCAAUCAAAUGGACAGUUUACUGAACAGAAGGAAUUCCUUUUACGAGAUAUUAAUUUGACCAUCAAAAAGGGUGAGCUUAUUGGUAUCAUAGGACCGGUCGGAUCUGGAAAAUCUGCUCUUUUAUUAGCAAUGCUGGGAAGUUUACAGAAAUGCAAGGGGAAAAUAUAUGUGGAUGAUUAUUCCAACGGUAUUUCAUAUGCUGCACAAUCACCAUGGCUGCAACGAUCUAGUGUUGCUGAAGCAAUUUUGUUCAGUAGAGGACUAGAUGAACAUCGAUAUCAGGCAGUACGUGACGCUUGUGAACUGCAAGACGAUCUGGAUGAUCAAGCUGGUGUUGCUGAAGGAGGAACUACCUUGUCAGGUGGUCAAAGGGCUAGAGUGGCAUUAGCCAGAGCUGCUUAUCAAGAUAAAUCUGUUUAUUUGCUGGACAAUAUACUAUGCUCCUUAGAUGCAGCUGUAGCUACAAAGAUUGCAAAGAACUGUAUUCUUGGUUUUCUCAAACACAAAACUAGAAUAAUUGUAACCUCACAUCGAGGGCUUUUAUUGAAUUGUGAUAAAAUAAUUGAGAUGUCCAAUGGUAGAAUAGCUUCAUUCGGAACACCUGCAGAAGUGCUAGGUGACAUCGAAGAUAUAGAUCAUGCAGAAUGGUAUUCUAAAGAUUCUGGAAAAAUGUUUGAAUGUAAUAUUGAAACUGCUGAGGAACAAGAGGAGGAUACACAGAGUACAAAUAGUAUUUUAGAAGAGGAAUCCGUGGAGCGCGGAACAUUACAUUCCAGUGUUAUAUGGGGUUACUGGAGCUCCUCAGGGAUAUGGCUUGGAUCAAUUGUUUUAUUAUCUGUAGUUCUAAUGCAAGUUUCUCGUAAUUUAUCUGAUGCUUGGUUAGCACAUUGGGUUUCACAGAGCGAAACUAACGAUAAUACAACACACGCAAAUGACACACCAAUAUCAAAUUCCUCUGAUGAAACCGUGACAUACUACUUGGAAGUUUAUGCUGGACUAGCUUUAUUAAAUUCUUGUCUGACAUUAGCCAGAGCAUUUCUCUUUGCUUAUGCCGGAAUUAAGGCUGCUCGAGUUAUGCAUGAGAAAUUGAUCAAAACUAUUAUAUAUGCUAAAGUUUAUUUCUUUGACAUCACUCCACUUGGUCGGAUAUUAAAUAGAUUUUCUUCAGACACAAAUACUAUAGAUGACUCUCUGCCAUUCAUUUUGAAUAUACUUCUUGCACAAUUAGCUGGUUUAUUAGGUUCUUUGAUUAUAACACUGUAUGCAAUGCCCUGGUUGGCACUUUUAGUUUUUCCGCUGGUACCACUAUAUCAUAUGCUUCAAGCCAGAUAUAGGUCUUGCUCUAGGGAAAUUAAACGAUUAUCAAGUAGAGCUAUGUCACCGUUAUAUAAUCUCUUCACUGAAACAAUACAUGGCCUGGUGACAAUAAGAGCUAUGAAUACUUCAUCCAAGUUUAGAAGAAAUUUUACAAUGCGUCUCGAAGAUAGUUUGAAAACGCAAAUCAAUAGUGUAGCUGCAUCUCAAUGGCUGGGAUUGCGAUUGCAGAUAAUAGGCGCACUGUUGACCGGCGGUGCUGGUUACUUAGCGGCUAUGCAGACUCAAUGGGGCGCUGCAAGUCCUGCACUUGUUGGUUUAGCGGUCUCGCAAGCCUUAGCCUUAUCUGGAUUACUGUCAGGUUUGGUGAACGCAUGCGCCGAAACAGAGCAAGAAUUAGUUGCAGCCGAACGCGUUUUGCAAUAUUCAAAGCGGCGGGAAAAAUUCAACCAAAUUGAAUCUAGUGCUGAUAAUUAUGAAGCAACAGAACAAAUAAAAAAUAUCUCUGGUGGUAUUGAGACUGAAACCAGCGCUGAUUUAGAGAUCGAAGACGGUAUGAUCGAACCGCCUUACGGUUGGCCUGUUCAUGGAGUAGUGGAGUUCCAACGAGUAUAUUUUAGAUACAGAUCACACUUGCCACCGUCAUUAUGUGAAGUGUCUUUUGAAGCAAAAAGCGGUGAACGUCUUGGCAUUGUUGGCAGAACGGGAGCAGGCAAAAGUUCGCUGAUGGCCGCCAUAUUCAGGAUGGCUGAUGUUACUGGAGGCAGAAUUCUCAUCGACCACGUUGAUAUAUCUCACGUGUCUCUCAAAACGCUCAGAUCUCGUAUGACGAUAGUCCCACAAGAACCGUUUUUAUUUGCUGGAAGUGUUCGUUCUAAUCUCGAUCCACACAAAAAGCGUUCUGAUUCUGAAAUCUGGAGUGCCUUACGUAAAUGUCGAGUGGACGAAGUAGUACGCAGAUUAGGCGGCCUUGAUGCUCUAAUGUCAGGAGGAAAUACAAAAGACAAUAGCAACGGUAGUUCCAGCAAUAUUAAUAAGGGCAACUCUAUUAGUAUUUCGUUAGGACAACGACAGCUUAUGUGUUUAGCUCGAGCGCUUCUUAGCAAUUCCAAGAUUGUUUGCAUUGAUGAAGGUACGGCUAACAUUGAUCCUGACACGAAUUUAUUAAUUCAGAGAACUUUGCAAACCGCAUUUAGAUCCUGUACCUUAAUUGUUAUAGCUCAUAGAAUCGGUAAUUUGCAAAAUUAUGAUAAAGUAAUUGUAAUGGAGGAUGGGCGAAUAGUUGAAAUGGACUCUCCACAAAAAUUGCUUAGUGAUCAGAAUUCACUCUUCAAUAAAAUGAUGAAAGAAGAAAUGAAUAACCAAAAGACUGAAGACUAG